AUGCUGUGGAGCACUACUCUACUCCUCCUGGCUGGCGUGGAUUACGCCUUGGCUUCCCAUGGCCGAUCUCAUGCGCACCGUCAUCGUGCGCGGAACCAUGCCCAGCCAGCGGUUGAAGGCGUUGAAAUGACGGAGCCGUGGGGUUUGCCCUGGGCUGAUACUGCUCCUGAAGUGGUGCAUACCAAGUUCGAAACUCUCACCAAGCCCGUCGUUUGUAAUUGUGCGCCGACAAACAUUGGUCUGACAACAAAGAUUCUUGACAAUAUGAUCCCUCAGCCAACCUUGACGAAGCCUGAGCAUGGGUUGACCAACCCAAAGGUCAUGCAGCCAAAGCCAUUCCCUUCGAAGCCAGCCCAUAUCAUGGCCCUCGAGCCGGAGUCCAUAAAACCAGACGCAACACAACCACAGAACACAGUGUCAACUUCCACUCAUUCAGAACUGCAGUCUCAAACGACCCCCGAUGAAGUCACCACCAUCCACAUUCACAAGACAAAAACGGUUACAGCAACUGUCACAGUCACCGCAUCAACCACCAAAGUCACUGCCGAUGUCACAGCCCCAAGCGGUACUACAGUUGCGAAGAGCAGCCCACCCAGGGAAUCAGUCGAGGCAAGGCCAAAGCCCGAUCCCACCAGGACAGAGCAAGCACCGCAUGUGCUCCAAACCCUCGACAACCUACCCGGUCAAAUCCCAGGAGACGUAAACCAGUUCCUCCCCAGCAUAGCAACCGUCAUUCCAGUCCCUGGUCUCCCCAGCCUGGACCAAGUCCUCCAUCCCGGCUCCCCAGCCGUCUUAGACCGGACCUCCGUCCCCUCAGCCUUCACAAGUAAAGGGUUCGGCGGGCAAAGUUCCCCGUCAGGCAGCAACAUUCACUACAAAGGCAACGUCGGCAAACCCUGGGGCAGCAACAUCCUUUCGGUGAGCCCGGAAGCCGCCCAUAAUUACAAAUACGUCGUUCAAUUCAACGGACCCCAAAGCCAACCCUGGACGGUCGUGAUAUGGAACAAAGUCGGGCCCGAUGGCAAACUGGACGGCUGGUAUGGGCACUCCGCACUGACCUUCGUCAUUGCACCGGGUGAAACGCACUACGUCGUGUUUGACGAAGACGCGGAAGGUGCAUGGGGUGCCGCGCCUGGAACAAAAGGUCUUCCUACUGACACCUGGGGCGGAUAUACGUCCACAUGGGGCGAGUUUAGUUUCGGGGAUAGAGAGAAUAAUGGAUGGUCCGGGUGGGAUGUGUCGGCGAUUCAGGCGCAGAUUGCCGGCCAUGACGUCCAGGGAAUGAGGAUUUGUUUGGCCGAUGGACAAGGAUGUUCUAUUAUUACUCCGGGAGCCGCAAAGGUUGUGAAUGCUUACACGGAGUCGAAGAGGCAUCAUGAUGGUAUUGGGGGUGCUGCUAGCCCAGGGCCGGUGAGGUUAGUUUGUGAUCUGGAUUAUCAGGGAUAG